UCUUCAGUUCUUUGACUAACGUCAACCAGUGAGUAGUCUAUACCAGCCGGAGUAAAUUGAGUGUUAAGAACAGUUGUUUGCUGUAAAAAAUUGUGUUCUAUACUGUAAGGACGCUUCUGCUGGAUGCAAAACCAUUUUCAUUGGAGAAAAAAUUUUCAAAUUGAAUUUCCGGCAUUUAUCUUAAAAAGCGAUAAGGAAAAUUGCCAAUGAAAUAGCAGCGCCCGAACAAUGUCGUCCUCAAUGAUGCGAGGCACUAUAUCAAUCAAUUCACCACACAGCCUCAACAUGCGGGACAAUUUAAUAAUACAAAUCGAUGAUUCGAGCAAUGAUUCCGAUGACAACACCCUACACAUUGUUGAAGAUUCAGUUGACGAGUUGAUCGAAAUCGAUGAUGAAUCAGAGUCGGAUGAGCAAGCCAUUGACUUAUCGAUGUCUAGCAGGCAGUACUCAUCGAAUAAGCAUGCAGAACCGAUUAAUUUUAGCAAAAUCUACUCAGCACCGCCCAAGUAUGUUGAACAAAUCAACAAUCAUCAAUUACCAAAAGUAUCCGUACUCUAUCAACCCUAUGCCGGAUUAAACGGAAACAGCAACGUGAACAGAUCGAUAUCGUCGAGCACUCCGAAUGUUUCACAUCUGCAAAACAAUGGCGUUUCAUGGAAAUUUGAAAACGGCGAUUCAACCGUCACUGCUCCGACGAGCAAUUUCCAAUUGAGUAAUUUGCAGUGUACCGAUGUAGUGCAACCAGUUAUCAGCGAAACCUUUGUAUAUCAAUGUGAGUUUUGUUCGGAAAGCUUUUCAUCGGAUCAGCUGCUUAUCGAUCACUGUGCACGAAUACACACAAAAGACGUAAAAUGUCAGCACUGCGAAAAGACGUUCUAUUGGGAAAAGGAUCUGCACUUCCAUAUGCGAAAGCACAUAAAAAAAGGCCGAGGAUUUAAGUGCCAGAUAUGCACAGGCCUAUUUAUCAAAAACAGCGAUCUGAAAGCCCACAUGAAAAUCCAUGACGAAGAGGAUGCAUCUGCCGAUAGUUCAAUUACGUGCGACAUUUGCGAUAAAGCAUUUAAAGCGAACCGAUUGCUGCUCGAGCACAAAAAACGUUUCUUACACAAACAGUGCGAGGUCUGCCUGGAAUAUUUCAGUUCGGAUGCGACACUGUUCCAGCAUUAUCAAUUAGUCCAUGUAACACAAACGGUCGCAAGUUAUGGUUGCGAUCAAUGCGACGAAGUGUUUCCAAAAAAAUGCCUGCUGAAGCUCCAUCGCGAUAAGCAUCGUCUGUACGUGUGCGAAUUAUGUUCGGCCGAAUUUCGACGCAAGGACGACAUAAAAUCACAUUUACGAUUGGAUUGCACGAAGAAAACUUUGUUCAAUUGUUCCGUUUGCAGCAAAUCGUUCAUUUUGGAAAGUAACUUAAAGUCGCACAUCAGCAGCCGACACUACGAUCGCAAUAAAUGCGAAUUUUGUUCGAAAAAGUUUCUACAAAAUUACGAAUUGGAAGAACACCUGUCGCACCACAACAUCGAGCACCCGUAUCAAUGCCAAAUCUGUUUGGCGCCCAUGACGUCAAAGCGCAUUUUCAAUUUUCACCUGAAAUCGCACAAUUAUCGAACGAAAUUCCAAUGCGAAAAAUGUUGUCGAUGGUUCCUCAGCGGUCACAUUUUGCAGAAUCAUUUAAAAUUGCACUCAAGGGACACGUACAACUGUACCAUUUGUACGAUGUCAUUUUCCGAUCCGCUCCGAUUCGAACAGCAUGUGCGCAGCCACGACGAAAACAAAUUCCAGUGUGACCUGUGCAAACGCAGUUUCCGUAACAGACAUUUGAUCUUCCUGCAUAUGAUCGAUACGCAUCAGUCGCGAAAGAAUUGCCAUAUUUGCCACAAAGAGUUCAUUAACCAGGGACGGUUGCGGACGCAUUUAAAAAGCCAUUACGUUAAAGUGGAAUUGCCGGACGGUGUUUAAAGGAUCGUACGGGUAUGUAGAGAAAAUAUAUGUAACCGAAAGCAAUUAUUCAAUAAUGAUGUCAAUUAAUUCAAUUAAAAUCAAUGUCUAUCCCAACUACACUUUUAUAUAAGAAAAAAAACUUAAACUAUUCGUGCGGGAUGUUGGUACUAGAUAUUAGAAUGUUCAAUGUGGUAGGAGACUAAGAAUUUUAAUCUUAUGAUUCAUCAAAAUGUUUGUAUAUUCAAACCUUUCCUUAGGCUACAAAAUGUCUAUUUUUUUUACAGCUCUUGUUUGCUUAGUUGUAAAAUCUAGUUUUUUAUAUUUUUGUCAAAUAUUUAAUAAAACAGAAGAAUCUAAAGACAAAUACCAAAGUUUCCACAUAAGAAAAAAGAAAGAAAACAUCCCCGACCUUGACCUUCCUUCCUUCCUUCCUUCCUUCUUUAUCCAUCUAAUUCGAUAAAAUAUAUCUACUCGCAGCACGGAAAUGAUUCAUUAUCGGAUGACAAUUGCGUUAAAUUUAUAAUGGUUUGAACUGUGUCCUUUUGACAAAAUUCUGAUUCUUUAAAAAAAAACAGUCCAAACAAGGAUGUAAUCUACUAUUCCCGGUGAUUUGGUUUUCGGCAAACGUUCUAAUAACCAACUAUUUAAACACAGGCUCGCGUAUUAUUUUCAUACCCGGCACUAAAACUAUUAAUCUGUCGAAUCGUUUGGUAUUGUAGCUACAGUAUUCCAUUAAUUAACGCAUACUCAAACCAAAACUCCUUUUUUACGGUUUCAAAUCGAUCUCUAACGAUUUUGGUUUUACCCUCAAAAAAACUUGUUCAAACUUCCAACCGAAAAAUGUAAAACAAUUUUGUCGUAGAUCACACAAACACUUUGCUUGCGUCAUGUUUGUUAAAAAAAUAUUUUCUCUUAAUAUUCUUCGUUUAACGAAAAAAAUGAUUUGUCAUGCUGUGUUUGUUGUGUAAAGAAUUUUUUGUUAGACAUAUACGAAGGUUUUCUGCAAAUACGACGAACAAAAUUCGGUCUGGCACUAUUUAGGCCCUAACGUCUAGCAUCAAAUGUUUGAGUCAGGUUAAAUUAUGGUUACCAAAUUGGUGAGAGACUGAGCUGCAUGAAGAAUAGAAUUUAAAAAUUUGUCAGGCGGGGCACAAAUGGGUGAUCAAUCAAUAAGAAUUUAAUUUUCACAUUUUUCACAUUUUUCACACCUCAUGUCAGGGCCUAAUAUUUCAGUAAAUUUCACUUAAGAAAUGCACUUUAGUGAAAUAAUUCUCAGCAUUAGGCCCUGCCUUAUGUUGGACAAGUAUACUUACUUUAUACCGACACCGAUUUCGUAAGCUCUUGGCUUACAAUAAAACAUUCACACAAGCUUCUCAAAGCUCAUACAGGAAAGGGCAAUCAAAUUUCAGCCGAAAUUUGCUUCAGCUUCACAAAACUCGCUGUGCAUGUUCAUGCGUUUCUACCACUGCCACGCGCAUGCGUGUACUGGUUUAUCCGUAUAAACACUCAUAACCAUUUUUGUUUGUCUGAGUGAAUAAGCUUAAAAAAUCAGUUUAAGCUAACUUAAGUUGAAAUUGGAUCGCCCUUUCCUGUACUUCGUUUAACUUCGCAAAUAUUAAUUUGAAAUAUCAUCUGAGAAUUAAGAAAGUUUUCAAAAAAUCUAUCGUACUCAUUUGACGGUCUGAUCAUUAUUUAACAAAAAUAUCGAAAAGUGGCUUAAAGCCCAGCCUAUUUUCUGUGAGAAACACACAUUCCUUAAACGGCAUAGUCAGGAAUUUGUAUACCAAAUUGGUACAAGUGAAGUAUCGAGACUUAUAUGGAAACAAUAAUGAAAUUCGUAUGAAUGCACAUUAUCAUAUGUAUGUUUGUUUGUGCCAGGUGUAUGAACACAGCUGAAGAAACAAUGUCAGAUCGUUUGAAAUCGUAAAAAAACUAAACAAAAAAGAACAAAAAUUCCUAAAAAAAUUCGACGAAUUCGAAUUAUUCAAUGAAAAUUCGUCUUCUCGCUAAACAACCUUCUCAUGUCCACUUCCUUCUCAUGUCCACUUUUCGUUCCGAUUUCCCAGUUUGUCUUUUUCUUCAUUCCUAUCCAACUGCCAUGUGAAACUAACUUUUCUGUGCUUUGUAUGGAAGUAAUUACAUAAUGUUAACUUUAUAAAAACCAAAAAUAGUAUUUAAGCUUUGUCGCCUAUUAUUUUAUUUGAUAAUUUUUUUUUAGUAAUUAUAUACCGAGAGCCUGGAGGCAACUCAGUCUCUCGUUAGUCAACGAUUUGAAUUCUA